AUGCGACUUCUACUUUUGAUUGUUGGCUGUCUGUUCUGCUUAGUUUUUGGCCAGAUCAAUGGAACACCAGAGUGCCGGCCACCAUCUGUAAUUUUGGUUAAACCAGUUAUUAAUCCCCGGCGAGCUCCACCAAUCAUCAGACCUCCGAGGCCACCACCACCAAAGGUUGUUCGACCUCCUGUGAAGCCACCUAUCAAAAGACCACCGAUUGUACCUCCUAGGAUAACGAGAAGACCACCGAUUGCUCCUCCUAGAAUCACCAGAAGACCACCGAUUGCUCCUCCUAGGAUCACCAGAAGACCACCAAUUCCACCUGCCACCAGGAAACCCACAAGACGCCCAGUUACCGCCAGACCAAUUAACCCAGUGCGAACCACAAGAAAGUUUUUGAUUUGGUCAAAGAGUCCCACAAGACUUUUACCCACCAGGCCACAUAUAAGACCAACUUUAUGGACUAGGCCGAAUAUAAGACCCACCAGACCUCCAGUGCGUCCUCCUUUGCCCACCGUUCGUCCCACAGUUCCCAGGGUUCGCCCCACUUUAUGGACCAGACCUCCUUUAAGAGUUACAAUAAGACCCACUAAUAGACCUCCUGUAACAAGACCACCUGUAAGACCAACCACUAGACCACCCAGACCAACAAUGCGUCCUACAAGACCCACCCUUUGGACAAGAUCACCCACUCGAAAUACACAACAAACCACUAGACGUUUAACCUUCAUCUUUGAGGGAUCUUCUGCUUCUCCUGUAACACCAAGGGUCAUCACUCAAGAUCCUAGAAUAACGAGAACGACAAAGAGGUUAAUCUUUAUAUUUCCAAGGGACACCACCGCCAUGGCAAGAGGUCCAAAUUGGACAGUUCAUCCCACAGGUCGUCCUCGAAGAGUUACUUUAGUAGCAUAA